AUGCCCGGGCAAAGGCCCAUUCGCCUCCCCACCCUUAACCGGCUCCGGGUCAAGGAUCCCAAUCCGAAGCAAGAGAACCCUUGUGUACGAGUGAUGGGAUCUCUUCUAGGGUACAACACCGCCGGCUGCGCCAUCAUCGAACAACAAUUACGCACGUGUAUGGACGCCAAGAGGCCCCCUCCUCUUCCCAAGAGCAACAUCAACUACCAUCUGGGCCGCUUCCAGAAGAGGUUCACCGGAACGACGAAGAGUAGUUAA